UUGACACCUUUAAUAAGAAAAUUAAGCAAUAAUUCAAGGACAUAAUCAAGUCAUCCAUGAUGAUCUAAUCAAAAAAAAAUAAUAAUAAUAAUAAUUCAAGGAUACUGAACAGUAGCAGAAAGGAUAAGGAUAACUGCGUCAGCAUACACGUACGUUGAGCGUACUAAAAGUUGAUAGGGAAUAUCCAAUCUAUCCGUGUGAAAAGAAACGCCGGAGGCCGGGCCGGACGGACACAAACCGGCAAACAUUUUUAGUCAAACUUUUAACAAGUUUUGAGACCGAAAUAUGACGGCUAUGCGGUACAUGGGCUGGGUGACGGGCUGCUCGGUGUUUAUAGCGCUUUUGUCGAUUAUCUGGCAGGCGUUUCUCACGCUGCACACUCUAAACAGGACAACAGUACUGCUCACCGGUCUCCUGGCCAUCGAGAGCAGUCUGAAGAGACCCGCACACGAGGCCGCUCCCAAGGUGGCCAUAGGGUACGGAGCCUGCACAGAUCUGCAUAUCAACGCCACGGAGUUCCUAAACAGGUACUACCAAAGGCGGAUCCCCGAGGUGACUACAUCAGCCAGGGACGUCGUGAAAAGCGAAGACGAGCUGCUGCAAUCCUUUGCCUAUUACUUUCAAAACGGGGCUGCUGCGGAGCGCGUGAUGGCCAAUGGAACUUUGUUCAAGCAAUUGAUAGGCUAUGCCAAGGUGAUGGACAAGGAGUGUAUUCAUUGGUACAUGGGCGGCAAUGCUCCGCUGAUGGCUAUGCGAUUUUUCAUGGAGGGAGCCGAAGUCUUGCUGGGCGCUCACAUGUCCAAAAAGCUGCGUCUCCUGCUGCCCAAGGAGAUUCGGCUGGAGGGCGUGGAGAUCCCCGACGAUGACAUACAUAUAAUACUGGAGUACAUGACGGGUGAUGUCUGGGGUCCGUUUGUGGCACCCCGUGCCAAUCGCUUUAUAGUGCACAACGACAAGAACAAUCCGCAUAUCAGGGCGGUGGAGCAGAUGACGAAUGCCCUGAAACUCUACCACCCCCAGUUGCUGGUGGUGAGUGGCCUCCAGAUGAUGGACAUGUUCAGCUUUAAUCCGGGCGAGCGGGAGAAGCGCCUGCAACAAGUGAAAAUGCAGCUGACCAGCCAGCCCAGUGAUACUCGGAAUCACUUUGAGAUGGCCUCCUAUGUCGAGCUAAAGCUGCUGCAGGAGUUGCGUCAGUUUGUCCUUCCGUAUGUGGACUCACUGGGCAUGAACGAGCAAGAGCUGUCCAAUCUGCAGCAGGUCCUGACCCAUGGCCGCACCACCCUGGCAACCGACUGCAAUCCACGCAUUGCCCACACACUCGAUCAAAUGCGACAGGUUUUCAUCAACUUGCUGGAGGAUCACAGCGUGAAGAGCCGUAGCGAUCCAAAGCGACGCAGGGUCUCGCGGCUUCAUGUGCACACACUGGCCUACCAGGCCAUCCUUACCAUCGCCGACUCCCAGUGGAAGAACACGCGGGCUGCGGCGGCCAAGGCGGCUCUGACCGCGCAUCGCUACGUCUGCAAGUCGCAGUUUAUCAAUCCGCAGUCGGUGCUGCAGGUGCUGGAUGACAGCUUCGCCACGUCCAUGCAGAAGAAUGCGCCACGCAAGCGAAUGGGUGCGGCCAGUCCGGUACCCUGCUGGAAGGAGUACAUUCAAUAUGGGCGCGAUCUGGAGCGCAUCAAGGUGGAGAUCUGUGUGGCCCCCGUCCUGGUUUGUCGCGAGGCCAGGAAAACGGCUGGAGCUGGGGAUAACAUAUCUGCCUCGGGCCUGGCAGCGCAGCUCUAAUGUAUAACCU